AUGAACCCCAGAACAGCGGAGCCGUACCUGUCGGCGCCGGGCUUGGCAUCUGCGGUAGCCGCCGUCGUCCUGGGAACGCUAUUGUGGAAUAUCGUCCGCAACAUCCUCACAUCGCCCAUCCCAUCUUCAGUCCCUGGGCCAUUUCUCGCCCGGAUCACCAGCAAAUGGAUCCUGCUCGUCGACCUCUCGGGCCAGCGCGCCCAGGUGGUUGACGCGCUGCACAAGAAACACGGGCCCGUAGUGCGCCUCGCGCCCGACGAGCUCUCGUUUGCCGGCCGCGACGCCGUCAAGGCCAUUUACGGCGCCGGCGCCACCGUCGUCAAGAGCCCCGCCUACAACCUCUUCGGUAAGCGCGGCAUGUUCCAGAUGCAGGACCCGAGGGAGCACCGCGAGCGCCAGCGCCGCAUCGCCCACAUCUUCAGCGCCGCCUCGCUGCAGCAGACGGAGCCGCUGGUCCAGGCGGUCGUCGGCCGGACCGUGGCGACCCUCGCCGCGAGCGUCGGCGCGCCCGUCGAUGCGCUGCACUGGUGCCGCAUGAUGGCGCUGGACGUCGCCGGCGCGGUGCUCAUGGGCAAGGAAUUUGGCGCCUUUGACGGCGACGGCGCCGCGCCCGUCUACGUCCGCCACCUCGACAAUGCCUACAUCGCGUGGGCCCUCAACGGGCUGGCGCCGGCGCUGGUGUGGCUGCUCGAGCGGCUGCCCAUCCAGAGCCUGCAGCGCUUCCUCGCCGCGCGCGAGUACGUGUACUCGUACGGCGAGCACGCCGUGCAGCAGUAUCUGAAGACGAACGGCCGCGCCUCGAGCCGGCGCACGCUCAUCUCCAAAAUGAUAGCCGGCAACCCGGAGACGGGCGCGGAGCCGCUCCCCGACGCCGACAUUGUCAUCGAGGUCUCCAACAACACGUUUGCCGCGGUUGAUUCGACAGGCAACACUGCGGCGUACACGCUGUACCGCCUCGCAUGCGUUCCAGAGUGGCAGCAGCGAUUGCGGCGUGAGAUUCGGGCCUCGGGCGCCAAGGAGAAGGGGUUCCAGUACCAGUCGCUCCAGGCGCUCCCCGUCCUCAACGCGGUGCUCGUGGAGACGCUGAGACUGCACCCCGCCGUGCCGACCGGCUUGCCGCGGCUGACCCGCGACGCGACCAUCUUCCCGGACCCGGACAAGUUCGACCCGGGCCGGUGGCUCAGCGGCGACGGCGCCGCCGUGUUCGCCGGCACGCCCGUGGCGCAGGAGAUGACGCUCGUGUGGGGCGGCCGGGGCCCGCGCGCGUGCAGCGGCCAGUACAUGGCCGCCAUGGAGGUCAAGCUGCUGCUCGCGCAGCUAGUCGACCGCUUCCAGGUCGGGCUGCAGGGAGAGGCGACGCACGGUGAGAUGGAGAUGACGGCGCAUUUCCAUCUCAUCCCCAAAGGGCGCAGAUGUGGUUUGGUUUUUGAUGAUGAGGAGGUUUCGGACGAGACGACUUGA